AUGGCCACCGCACAGAAGAAGCAGCAAAUCUCCUUCGAGGAAUACCUCGGUUGCUCCGAGGCAGCGUUUGAGUGGGCGGACAGCUAUGACUCGAAGGACUGGGACCGGCUGAGGAAGUGCAUUGCUCCCACUCUGAGGAUCGACUACCGGUCGUUCCUCAACAAGCUGUGGGAGGCGAUGCCGGCCGAGGAGUUCAUCGCCAUGAUCUCAGACAAGUCGGUGUUGGGCAAUCCGCUGCUGCGCACGCAGCACUUCAUUGGUGGCGCCAGCAAGUGGGAGAAGGUGUCGGACACGGAGAUUGUCGGCUACCACCAGCUGCGCGUGCCGCACCAGGUCUACACAGACUCAAGCCUGCAGACUGUUGCCGUCAAGGGCCACGCCCACAGCCACAACACGCACUACUACAGAAAGGUCGACGGCGUGUGGAAGUUUGCCGGCCUCUGCCCCAACAUCCGGUGGUCCGAGUAUGACUUUGACAAGGUCUUUGCCAGCGGCCGCGAUAAUUUUGGCGAUUCGGCCUAG